AUGAUGAACCCGGAGAUGAUGCGGGUGGCGGAGGAGCAGAUGCGGCGCAUACCCGCCGACGACCUCGCCAGGAUGCAGCGGCAGCUCAUGUCCAACCCGGACCUGCUGAAGCUCGCGACCGAGAGCAUGAAGAACAUGACGGCCGACGACUUCAAGCGAGCCGCCGAGCACCUGAACCAAACAAACCCAGAAGAGAUGGUCGACAUGACGGAAAAAAUCGCCAAGGCCAAGCCCGAGGAGUUCACCGCCAUGAAGGCCCAAGCCGACGCACAGACGUCGCACGCGAUAUCCGCCGCAAAGAUGCUGAAGCGGGAGGGGAACCAGCUCCACCGCGACGGGCAGUACGCCGACGCCGCCGCCAAGUACAAGCUCGCCAGGGAUAACGUGAAGAACGGCGUGCCGUCGGCGGCCGGGCGCGAUCUGCAGCUGCAGUGCAGCGUUAAUCUGAUGGCCUGUUACCUGAAACUAGGCCAGUUUGAGGAGUGCGUCAACGAAGGCUCGGAGGUUUUGAGCUACGACUCGGGCACCGUCAAAGCGUACUACCGAAGGGGUCAGGCGUACAAGGAGCUGGGAAACCUCCAGGCUGCUGUUGCUGACCUGAGUAAAGCCCAUGAAAUGUCUCCGGACGAUGAAACUGUCGCUCAAGUUCUGAGAGAGGCACGAGAAAAACUUGCAACCCAAGGGGAGGCAGCAGAAAACGUGCCAAAGGGACUUGUUAUUGAAGAAGUCGUGGAGGAAGAUGUUAGUUCUGAUCUGUCAAGCGCUCAACGGAAUUCUUCUUCUUCUACUACUGAGCAUACUGUUUCACAACCACAACCACACGACGAAGCACGAAGCUCAAGACAGUCUGACUCUUCAGAAAGCUUGAUCAAUACGUCUCAGGUCCCUGUUGCUCCACAUUUUGGAUCCAAUAUGCCGACUGGCAUGGUUGGUAUGGCAGACCCUGCUACGUGGGAGAUGUUGUCAUCCAUGAUGGAGAACAUGAGUCCUGAAGCGAUGGCAAACAUUAGCGGGCAGUUUGGUAUCGAGUUUUCCAAGGAGGAUGCUGCCAACGCUCAACAGGCUAUGUCUUCGGUCUCUCCACAAGAUUUAGAAACGAUGAUGAAAUGGAUCGGCAGAGCACAGCGAGGAGUCCAAGCAGCAAAGAAGACAAAGGAUUGGCUACUAGGCAGGAAGGGCUUCAUCUUUGCUAUUCUCAUGCUCAUCUUGGCGUUCCUGCUUGGAUUCAUCAGGAGGUGA